AUGGAUUGUUCCCAACUUCAAUCAUUGGCUGAUUCCACUUUUGGAGGAGGACAAACUGCCACUGAUUUCAUUUGCAUUGCCUUCUACGAGUCAUCAUGGAAUCCAAAUGCUGUUAACUCUCAAACUCAAGCAUCUGGUCUCUGGCAAAUACUUCCUUCGCACUGUGGUGAGAUCUGUUCUGCUUGUAGCUCACAAGAGGACCUCUUCAAUCCCCAGAUCAAUGCCGAGUGUGCCUUAGCUGUCUACAAUGCUCAAGGUCUCAAUGCUUGGACUACAUGGGCAGAAGGUGAUUGUAAUGGAUGGUCUCAAUGUUCUUCAAGUUCUGGUACCUCCACGACCUCUACCACCACUUCAGGAACAUCCACCUCCACCACUACUGGUGCUACUAGUGGAACUUCAACAGGAAAGACUUCAACUACUACUUCCUCAGGUAGUUCAAGUGGUGGUAGCUCAACUACAACUGGCAAUAGUACCACUUCAACUGGUUCAUCAGGUUCAAGUGGAACUACUACCUCAUCAGGAAACACCACCACGUCAACUGGUACCUCGGGUACUGGCACAAGUGGAACCACAGGCAACUCAACUUCAUCUGGUUCCUCUGGUCAAACAUCAGCCACAAGUGGUACCACUGGCAACUCAACCUCAUCAGGCUCCUCUGGCUCAUCAGGCCAGACCACAGGAACUAGUGGCACUACUGGUAACUCGACCUCCUCAUCAUCUGGUCAAACAUCAGCCACAAGUGCAACAUCUGGACAAACUGGUAACUCGACCUCAUCGGGAUCAUCUGGAUCAUCAGGUUCAAGUGGUGGCAGUUCAACAAGUAAGACGUCUGGAUCUUCCGGUUCAUCAGGACAAUCUAGUGGUGGAAGUAGCAGCAACAACAGCAGUGGUGGUAACUCAACAGCCACCGCAACAUCCUCUGGUCACUCUGCCGGUAGUUCUUCAUCUGGUCAAUCAUCUGGAUCGUCCGGAUCAUCAGGUCAAGGAGUAGGACUCUAUUGA